AUGAUACCAAAUCGAAAGAAUGUAAUAAAGAAACCAACGGCUGCGCCAGGUCCAUCCUCGGCAGCAGUCCGAUUAGCGGCAGCGGGACAGAAAAGGGGUCCUUUACUACCGGUAUGUUUACAAGUCUUUGCAUGAAUGUUUUUUGCCUUUAGAAUGCAUCCAGCACGUUGGCCAAGAAACAGCGGAUGGAUAUGGCCAAGGCUGGAAGCUCUGCUUUAGGCGGUGGAUUGGGUUCAACUUCAACAUCGUUGGUGAAAUUGGUGGAGGUGGAUUCAAGUUGGAUGGAGUGUGUAAAAGACUUUAAUUUGGUGGCUAAGGAUUUCGCAAGUCUCAUGAAGAUGGCUAAAGAAAAAGGGAAGGGACGGACAGUCAAAGUCAUUUGUGGAGCCAUCAAAACAAUGGUUAAAGGAGAUGAACCCAAUGCAGCUGAUUUGGCUUUGUUGAAAGAGGCUCAUCAGGCAUUGAUGGAAGAUGAGACCUUGUACAAAGUAAGUACAUUUUAUUUUUAUAUCUGGAUAUUAAGAUUUUGAUUGGUGGAACAUGGUUAAUAUAAGUCUUUCAGAAUCUGAAUAUUUAUGGUGCCGUUUUCGCCUUGAUGAACAAGGUGGAAACUCAAGCUUCUCAGAAUGGAAUAUCCUUUUUGCCGAUUGCCAUCAAGAUUGUCAAAUCGUUCGAAGCAGUUCCGAUUUCUCUUUUUAAUUUCACUCUGUUCGAUUCAAUGGGACUGAGAUUGUGGGUUGACAAGCAAGAUGCCGCAAAUAUCCUCGUCAACGCAUUUUCUCUUGUUGGGGAGACUGAGAUUCCUUCGGAUGCCUUGUUUGACAUUCUCAGUGACAGUCAAGCAUAUUCGUUCAAAAAUUUUACACGAGAAGUGGGUUUAGAUGUAAUUUAUUGAAUUAUUUUUUUAGAAGCGAUGCUAACCGACAAUGUUUUUAGAAGCUCAAAUUCGAGGACAGUUCGGAUCAAAAUCAGGCUCUGUUGAAGUCGACCUUGGCCCAUGUUGAACGAUCCAUUGAUUCUGGAGCUACCAAAAAUCUUCUGAAGACCUUGUGCCUCUUCUGUGGGAAUGAUAAAUUCCGAUUAUUGGCCGCAAAGAAGUUGGACCAAUGGCUAAUGAACAUCAAAACUCAACGUCAGGCCAUGGAACUCCUCCUAUUUAUUGUGACCAACACCAAGGAUGCUGCCUCUGAUAUUAAUCUUGAGAUCUUAGGAUAUCUGACGAGAGUCAAAUUACAAAAGUCUAAACAGUUGCAGAUUGUCUUUCAGGCAGCGAUCAAGUAAGUUUUUUGGGCUGCUCACUCAUUUUUUAGAGUAAUCCUGAACGAUUGCCCAUCUGGACUGAAGGUUUUGGCCGAAUUUGUCCUGGAGAAUGAGUUCAAUCACACGAAUAAAGCCCAAACUAACCUCGGAUUUUUUCAAUUCCUCUUUUCUCAUGAUUCGAAAGCAGUGUUAAGGGUAAGAGGUUAUAAUUCAGUAUCAUAUUCUUGGUUUAGUUAGUGGCGGACAAGUUGGUUCGACGAUUGGAGCAUCCAGAAGCUGUGAAAAGUGUUCGAUCAUUUGUCCGGGACCUUUUCCGAUCCAUAAAAGACUUCCCAUACUCUCUUUUGGCCAAGGAAAUGAUUGAUUUUACUAAGGGAUACGUGAAGACACAGCCGUUUUCUCAGGUAUUAUAUAGUUUCAUAUACUAGAAACAACUAGGGAAAUACUUUAUAUCAACUCUUACACUUAACUAGAAUUGUGAUGCAUUUAGAUGUGAAAAUGAUUCUUUCAGAGCUUGAUUUUCCGUUUAAUUGUUGACAUCUGCACGAUGCUUCCAUUUGUCAGCGCUUCCACGGCCGUCAAGGAAGCAGCGCAAACGCGAAGAGCCGCCGGAAAUAUGCUCAAUUAUCAGAAUGAAGUUCUCAACAGGUUUCAGCAACAACUGCAGAAGACUCAACUCGAACUUUUGGGGUUUAUAAAAUGGGCGGCCAAGAAUCUAACGCUGGACAAUGGAGCGGCGAUCAAUGCUGUCGGAGGGGUCUUGUUUCUGAAGCCGGUCGGUUUAUACCACGCUUGAAUAAUGUUGAAUUGUCUUGUUUUAGCACUCAUUUUACACGGCCUACGAAGCUUGGCCCUCUGAACCGGACUUUAAUAAUAAUGUUAGGUUAUUCUCGGAGUGUAUGGUGGAUGAACAGUUAAUUGUGGCGUUGAUUGGACUGAAUGGAACUAUUACACCAUCAGAUGUAAUCUCGGUUCUGGAUAAUGUGACCAGAAGGGCGUUGACUACGAGAGAAGGAUCCGAGAUAGAAAGGGUUCUGAAUGUCAACUCUGAAUCGACCAUUUUACAAUUGUUUCAAAUUACAGCGAUCGACCAAAGGUAAAUUCAAUUUUUUAUUUUGUAUUGGACUUUUUGGUAAUAUUUUUUAGCCCCGAUUCUAACCGUCUGGCCCACAAAUUGAUGUACUGGAAAUGCUGGGAAAUCGUCUUCCUCUGGGCCUGCAUGAAUCCAGCACUGUUGGCGGAGUGCUUUGAGAAAUAUACAACACUCAAAAUGCUCAUCACCAUGGCUAUUACAAGGUACAUUUUAUUAUUUUUAUUGUUUCUUUGUGGAUGGUGCUGAAGGAUUUUGUGUUUUAGGGAUUUUACAUUCCCUCUACCAUCGUUGGACGGAAAAUCGAAAGAGCAAAUCUUGGCGGAAGAUGUCUCGGAGCAAGAAAUUGAAUGGACGGCGAUCAGGCAGCUGGAAGUGCAAGACGAAACUGAAGAAAAUUCGAAUUCGGAACCGACGCCAUCUCAGAAUUAUUGUUUUCUUAAACUGACAGGACCUUGUAGAACACCGCCCGAGGGUGUGUUGAAGAAUAUUGAGAAGUUGAACAAGGAAUUUGAAUUGGGGACCCAAUUAAGUGGGCUGAGACAGCCGGAUUUGUUGGAGAAAUUGGCAAAAGAACAAGGCCCGUUGAGAGUAUUGCCUUCGUUGAUUGCCCUACUUAAUGCACGGCCUGAUUUCAUCGAUAAAAUCCCGUUGUCGACUCUGGCCCAGCUGUAUCUCGUUGUUGUUUUUGAUCAAAAAAUGAGCAAACCAAUAGACGAAUUGAGCCCAAAUCUGGCGGGGUCCAGACCUUUUGGAGUGGAUCUUCAGAAUACGGUAGGAUACAAGAGAAGACGAUGCAUUAAUCGAUCAAAUUUAUUCUAGAUAUCAACGAUGGUGACUGAAUACCUACAAGAUCCAAAGAAGAAGGUGGAUGAUUGCAAAAUAGUAUUACUGGCAAUGACUGAGAAACUGUCGGGGCCUUUGUCAUUGGAAAGAGAUUUGGUUUCAAUGGGAUUGAAUAUGAUUUUUAAGGUAAGAUAAGAUUGUGAUGACAUGCAAAAUUACCUAUUUUAGACAAACGCCGCUGAAAUGGUUGACUUUGAUCCCAAAAAUUUGAAGACUUGCCCUCAUUUUGAUGCCCUCAAAGAGGAUUUGUGUCGAGAAUUGGCCGGAGCUUGUGCCCUGGAGAAAAAGAACGAAAGGAUCAUGUAUUAUAUGCAGUUUAUUGUUGAGAAUAUUGGUGAUAGCACCCUUCAUAGAGCUGCCCCAAGACUCUCAUCGCUGGUAGAAAGGUCCAAUACUCAUUCGGAAGAACACAGAAGUAUCAGAAAGUCUCUAAUGAACUUCUUCGCGGAUCUCAUCAAGAAAUUAAAAAAUUCAUCGAAAAGUGCCGAAGAAGACACUUUAAAUGUGACGUUGGUUGAUGGCGCAACUGUCAAUAUUGAUGCCCAGAUUGUUGCGGCCAUCCUGGAAUUGCUUUGCGAGAGUUCUGAUGACUUUAAGGUAGGGUUAUUAUGUUGUACAUGAUUUUUAUGGCUAAAAAUGUCUUUUUUUCAGGAUGACGUCGCCAGCAAUGAAUCCCGACAAUAUUUGAUGGACACAUUCUUUCCUAAACAAGGCCAAGUGCAAGUGUUGAAUGCCAAAAAUGAGCCAGUGGAUUUGCUUUCCCAAAAACUUCGAAUGAAAAUGCUCUCGGCCAAGGAUGAGAGAAUUGUGAUCGUCGCUCUGUCAAACAUUACACCCAAUGACGCCCUGAAAUACAUUCAAUCUUUUGCUUUGACUCCAUUCAGUUGCACCGAACUACUGAAUCGACUCAAUUUAUCAGAUGUGGCCAAAUCAGAGGAAGCGAGGAUGGCGGUCCCCUUUAUUAAGGCGUAUAAGGUCAGAGGUGCUAAGGUCAGUUUGGAGAAUUUGCCUUCAAAGGCGAUGUGGUUGAUUCUACGUCAAUUUCUUACAUUAUUUUUUAUCGUUUAGGGCGCUGACAAGUUCCUCAAGUCCGUUGAAGACUCGAUGAAAUCCCAGAAUCAGGAAUUGAAGAUGGAAUUAGAUGAAGAAGAACGCCCCGUUCUUUUUCAACGCGUGGAAUCUCCAGGUUCGGUGUUCUCUUGCCGAUUUCAAGCCAGAAAACGCCCAGUUAUCAAGAAGUCCAAUGAAAUUAAGACUCAAAAUGAGAUGAAAAUUUAUUUGAAUUCGUUGCUGAACAGCCCAUCAGCAAUGGAAAAGACUUAUUUAUCGAAUGCGGAAUGGAUUUUAGCCAUGAAGGCGAUGAGAAAAGUGGAAAUGGCCAAGGAAACACUAGAUUUUGUCAAAAAUAACGUAGAAAAGUUGAUGGAUCUGAAACAUCUGUUGUAUCCCAUGGUUUCUGCUUGCUGUUUAACUAACAAACAGGUGAGAAUCACCAAAAAAACGCGGAAAUCAGAUUGUUUUAGAAUAAAAAUCAAUUGGGAAUUGAGCUUAACGGAUUGGCGAAGAUUAUAGAACAAAAGUAUUCAAAUAAUCAGGUGCUGAAGGCCAUCUUGGCAUGUAGCAUGAAAACCACGCCAUUUGAAGAAGGGAGAAACAAGGUUUCAGAGGAUGUGAACACACUGAGUGCCGAUGAUAUCCUUAUAAAAUUGGCACAGUCCAAUCAGGGAAAACAGUUUGUAAGUGGUUAAAGUGAGAUUGAUAUGCUUGGGGACGAUAUAAAUCACGGUUUCGAUGUAUUUUAGAAUGAACUGACCAUAACCGCCUUGGUUGAGCGCUAUAUGAUCCUCAAUCCGCAAGUUGUGGAUCAUAAAAACCCGACCGAGAUGGAUAAACAACUUCAGAUCAUGUUCUCUUCUGAUUCUGUAGCCUGUAAACAUCUGAUCGCCCUGAUCACAACCACCAGAACCCCUCAAGUCACGAUAACGGUCCUUAGGGCCUUACUGGAGAAGUUCCGCCCUCAUCUAAAGCCGUUGAAUAUCCUGGAUUUCGUCGAGAAUGCGCUAAAAUCAACUUCAAGAAUAUGUUUGGGGCUGGAAGCAGACCAUUUGUUGGUUCUUUUGGAUUAUGUUUUCGCUGAAAUCACAAGUCAAAUUAAUGUAGAAGAUGUCCCGAUGGAUUCUGGAGAUGUAGAUUUACGCGAUCAGGACUUCCGAACAGAGGGAAUAGCAAGUAGGAUGAGCAGAGAGUCAAGACUCACAAGUCCCUCCCGGGAUCAUCCAGAUCUUGCUGAAGUGGACGCCAUUUCCAAUAGAUUACAUCAGAUUUUGGAAGAUGCGAUUGUGGGCUCCGAAGAUCAAGAUAUGGCCGAUCAUGCACUGAGGAAAGUGUUUUAUAAGAUCAAAAGUAAAAUCGAACAGAUCUCCAUUUCUUCUGAGUUCGAAUCUGGCACGAUGAAGAAGAGAUUCGAAAAACUUUUGAGAAAUUUUGAUCAGAAAUUUCCUCGAUGCAAAAACGGAAAACUGAAAAACAUGGAUGGAAUUGUUGCUGGAGUUACUUUGGACUGGAAAAACGACCUCACGGUGGAACAAAUGGACAUCAAACUUCAUUGGAAUCUUAAGGAAUUAUUCGAAUUGAGCGCCGUUCCAACGAAUAAAGAGGUCGAUUUGAUGGUCAGACAAGUCAGAGAGCAGGUCAUCGAGUUUGUCAGGAAAUACCCCGAGGUUUUCUCAAGACAAAUCCCAUUGUUGAUACAUCAAGUUCAGACCAUCAUUGGACUAACCCCCAGGCAAUUCAGAGAAGUCGAUCGAUUUGGUGUGUUGAGGUUGAUCUUGGAUUUAAUCCAGAUUGCGGCACCCUGUUCCUUUGAGAGAACGGAGGAAUUGCAUGUUUUGGCAGGGUCCUAUCUUUCUGCGCUUACUGUAAGUCAACUGUUGGAUUGAUUGGCAAUAUUUUAUUGUUAUCUUUCAGAAACAGACCUCGAGAAGUCGACAAUGGGUCCAAAUAACCGAAUCUUUCCUUCGAUUAAUCACCAAUUUUAUGGAGACCAACCCGAAUGGAGCAACUCAGCUGGUGGAGAAGAAUAAACCCGAAUUUGAGGCGAUAAAUGAGGCUUACAAAGAUAAUCAGGCCGUUCGGGACUUUGUUGAAGCAUUCCCUCUUAUAUUUGAAGUCUAA